UGAAAGUCUACCAAAAGCAUAGCACUGUCACGAAAAGUCUUGUACAACAGCUGACUAAAAAAUGAAGACAACGUCCGUGAAGAACGCUAGACCUUCCGUGGUUAACAAAAAUGGGAAAAAGUUUACGGUAAAAAGCGGCACGGAAACUACGCACGCCGAUGAGCUGGACGAAUGGAAAAAAAGCAGGCAACUGCUUAAGCCAAAGGGUCAGCUCGAAUUGACUGAAGCUGAAUUAAAAGAACUGCUAACAAAGCAGCUGACAACGACAAAUCCACAGCCACCAGACAGCUUGGUGGAAUUUAGCUACGCGCAAGGCGAAUUCGUCCUCUUGCCACCACCAGGAAAUACCAUUGUGGUAUAUGAGCACCAGGGUAGUCUAAUCCAUAAGGACUCAGAAGAGGCCCGUGCUCAACUGUUAGAACAAGGAAUCGAUCCCGAUAUGUUAGAAACUUCAUCUGAAUCAUCUAUAGAGGACGUCGAAGUAAAAGAAGAACCCGCUGAAGCUCCCGUAGCACCAAUACCGGAAGGAGAUGAAGAAACGAAAGAUGAAGAUGCUGACGAGGAAGCGGCAAAGGCAGAGAAACAAGAAGACGAGGGCGAAGGGGAGGGAGAACCCGAAGGUGAGGUGGAGGUAAAGGCGGAAGCGCCGCCUAAGAAAGCCCCGAAAGGAGGAAAACCAAGAAAGCUGACCAACCAGUUCAAUUUCUGCGAGCGUGCCGCCUUGACCUACAAUAAUCCCACUAGGUCACAAGAGACCCAAACGGUGCCACCUCCAAUUGCGGUAUUUUCCGCCAACGUGCUCCAGUGGGUGAUCUACGAUGCGUACCAGAAGGACUACGAGGCGCAGCAGCUUGAAAAGGAACUGGAAAAGGAGCGAAAGGAGAAGGAGAAAGCGCCGGUGUCGAAACAUCCGUCCGUAAAAAAGACGCCGGGCAAAGCUCAGCUGAGCGAUGCGGUACAAGGUCGCGCGUUUGAAUGCUGGAAAGUCCUCGAACGGAUGAUCAACCAGAAUACCUACGACGACAUCGCGAAAGAUUACAGGUAUUGGGAUGAUCCGUCCGACGAGUUUCGGGAUGAGGAGGGCACACUUCUCCCCCUCUGGAAGUUCAGCUAUGAGAGAACCAAGAAGAAUACAGUUACCGAUAUCGAAUGGAAUCCGUACUACUACGACUUAUUCGCUGUCUGUUUUGGUUUUCUGGACUUUAUGAAACCGUCAACGGAAGGAGCAGUAUGCAUAUUCACCCUGAAGAAUCCAUCGUACCCGGAUUAUAUUUGCAUGACUAAAUCGGGCGUGAUGUGCGUGGACAUCCACCCCAAGUACCCUUAUAUGGUUGUGAUCGGCCUUUACGAUGGUAGUGUUCAAGUGUUUAACGUUCAAGCGACUUGUGAUGAUCCCGCUUAUAAAAGCAACAAUGUGAUCAAUAAACAUAAAGGAAUCGUUUGGGAGGUGAAAUGGGCACCGGAUCUUCCGGACGGCGAAUUGAAUUUCUUCUCCGUAGCAGCCGACGGCAGAAUCAACAAUUGGGUCCUGAUGCAAAAUGAAUUGGCGGUCACGACAAUAAUUACGCUGUAUUUGAUUAAAGACGAGGUACCCGGACCAGACGGGACACGCUUAAAAGUUAAAGGGUGUGCUUCGUGUGUCAAAUUGCAUCCGAAGAAUCCAAUAAUAUACCUAGUGGGUACAGAGGAGGGGCAAAUUUUCAAGUGCAGCACCGCUUACAGUUCGAUGUACCUGAUGACGUACGAAGCCCAUCAAAUGCCCGUGGCACGAAUCGACUUUAACAAAUUCAACUCCGACAUAUUUAUAUCCUGCAGCGGCGACUGGCGCAUUAAGGUGUGGGAGGACAACAGGCUAGAACCUCUCUUCGUCUUCGAUGUCGGCGACAGAGUCGGUGACGUGAAGUGGGCGCCGUAUUCAUCGACGGUAUUUGCCGCCGUCACCACCGAAGGCAAAGUCUACGUAUUCGACCUGAACGUCAACAAGUAUAAACCAAUCUGUAUUCAGGCUGUGGUCUCCAAAAGACGCAACAAGUUGACGCGACUUUCGUUCAAUCCAAGACUGCCGAUCAUCAUAGUCGGCGACGACAAGGGCUGCGUCACCACGCUGAAACUAUCUCCCAAUCUAAGAAUUCCCUGCAAGGCCCCGAAGAAACAACAACAUUUGGACCAGUGGACGUUGCAAUGUAUGAAACUGGAUAAACUAUUGUCGCUAGUACGGGAGCCGGUCACGUUAUCUUUGCCCAAAGACACAGCGGGUUCCGAAGAAUCUUAA